AUGGUUACAACAUUGGAACGACUGAGUGAGAUAUCGAUAUCCCCUCCCUAUUGGGGGAUACACACGUCCUUGUACAGUUCCUUGCCUCCGGAGGCCAUUUCACAGCUCGAGCGCGCCAUCUGGCUCAAGAUUUCAGGACUUGCGGGAGAAGCCAGAACCACAUUUGAAAACGAGCUCAAGCCUUUUGCAAAAGUCCCGGUUGUCGUCAUUGAACACGCCGACUUUGAGCUUGAGGCGGGCAAAUGGGGCCGGGCAUGGCGGAUUCUAAACUCGAGGCUUGCGCAACUUCGAGAUGCCAAUGAGAACCUCGAAGCACCCGAACAUCGACUCAUGGCCUUGACGUGGGCCAUGCUCGGGACGAGGCAUCGAGGUGAUGUACAGUCGUCAGCUCAAGAAAUCGAAAGGACGCAGCAUUGGCUUGCUGAAGUACCUGUAGCAGAUUACACUGACAUCCAGGCAAGCUGCAUCCGCCGAUAUACCAUCGCGAGUCUGUUCACUAGGCUCUACUCGGGAUACAAAAACUCAAAGGCAGAGCACAUACCGGCACAUAACAGGGCAGACGAUUCCGGUGCCAAGAUGCCCUGGGGUGGGCUACAAUUGCUGCGGCGCUCUCUCACGCAGCGCGGCAUGUUCAACGAGGCCAAUGCUUUGUUCCGCGUGGAGCUGAAUCGUACGUCACCAGAGGACCGCGGCGCUGUAGUUGAAGAGUUUCUGGAAGCGGUGGCAAGCAUCCCUACGAGUCGUGGCCGGGACUUCAUCGAGGCAGCAGUUCGCCUUCAGUGGGCCACAACACAUAUCCUAUUACAGCAGCCUGCCAGCGCCCUCGAAGAAUUUGACAAGUCUGUGGCGGCUUUCCAGAGGUUCUGCAAUGACUUUGGCAUCAAAUAUAAGGAAGCCACACCACACAUGCAGGCAAUAGAGUACGAGAGAUUAUCAUGCAUCGACGACCCCAUGAGCAGACUAGAGCAAACGGAGGAGCUGGCCACUCGUAUGGAGGCUAUUGACGGCACGAAGACUGGCCUAUGUUUAUCGGCGGCCGCCGACCUGGCCAGGGCAUAUUACGAGGCCACGGCGAUAGAAUCGUUCUCUACCACGUAUUUCGACCUGCACAGGCGCCUCGAGACGUACGACCAGAUGGUGUCAGAGGACAUUUGCGAUCUGGUGCACCACCAUGUCAAUCUCAUUUCCGUUACGAUCUUGCGCCUCGUUGAUCGCCAAAGGGCUCUCGAAUGGGUCGACGCCUUUUUUAAGGAAUAUCCGUUUUUCGACGCCCCAGCAGUACGGGCGCUGCUUUGUCGGAGUAAGGCAUCACUUCUGAGAAGUCUUCGUCGAUUGAGCGCGGCCCACGAGGCCAAUGAGGAAGCAAGUCAACUAGAAGCAUCUGGGCCAUCAAUAGGUAAAUGGAUGCACACGAGACAGGGUGAGGGCGAGGAUGAGGAAGAGCCAUUCUACUGGAGCUGGCAAGAUGCUAUUGGAGACGAGGGAAAGACACAAGAAAUGGCCAUUCAGCUGGUAUUAAAGUGGCUGCUGGAUGACAUCGCUGUUGGGAACCCUGCCCUUGAAGAGUUCAGGGGGGUGACAGAAGCUGGGCUGAAAGAUAUUGUCUUCGCCAAAGCCGUCGAGAUCGAUGGAUUAGCAGAAGGAUUGUACAGCCGUCUAUGUACAUGGCUCGGCAACCCCCCAGAGCGCCAAAGAAACCGCCGGUUGUUCUGUCUGGUCAUGCUUCGGCACGGGAGGCAGAUGCACCUUUCUACUCAUAAACUCUGGGACUCACGCCUCUCCGAGCUUCAUCACCUACUCGAGCUGGAGAAAGGCCUCCCCCAGACCAUCCGGGAUAACUUCCCUGACAGUAAAGGAAGUUGGCUGGGACAAAUGGCAUUCAUGUACAUGGCACCUUUUGAUGACUUGGCAGACCUUACCAGCGCUAAUUCGGGAGAACGAUUAUCAAGUGCUGAAACAUACAACGACCUCGCUCUGGAUGAGUAUCUUCUUAGAGGGGACAUGGGCCAGGUGGCUCUUCAUCAACGAUCUGGGGCACAAAUCUGCAUGCUCAAGAUCAUACGACUGAGGCAGCUGGCGCGGCAAUCAUCGAGCGCCAAUGAUGCCAAGUGCAAAACAGCAGACAAUGGGCCAAACGGGAUAAAUGACGAUGAUGCCUUUCUCCCAGACGAUUCUGUGGCGGAAAUCCGCAAGCUCCGUGCCAGAGGAAUCAAACAAGCCAAAAAGGCUGACGGGAUAUUUUCGCAGAGCGAGCUCCACGCCUCAUCAAGCUCAGGCCUAGAAGGCAUCACCCAUCGGCAGAAUAUCACCGCGUUCCAUGCCAGUGCAUUCACAGUCUACACAGCCAUCAAACUGCUCCUCGCAGCCCCGGGCCAGCCGUCUGGCAAGACGAUCAAGGCGGUAUGGCGGUGGGUGCAGAAGUACAAGGCGCGCUCAUUGGCGCGGACGAUCGGAGUGCGUAUCAUCGAUCCGCCCGAACUGUUGAGUAAGAUCGAGGCGUCUCCUGACGCUGCCCGAGGCUACGAAGAGAUGCGGGCGAUGGAGCAGCGUAUCAACGAGUCGGUUGGGACGGCCAAGUUCAAUCUGCGUCGGCAGCUAGACACGCAUCUACGAGCCAUGAGAGAAAAGCAAGAUUUAAUGCGGCAGCUCAUCGACUUGAGAGAAGCUCAGCCAUUUGACUUGUCAGAUGUUGCCAGCAUCGAAGCUCAGAGUGGUACAGACAUUGUUCUGGUUGACUGGUUUCACCUCCCUGCAUAUAUCACUGGCGACGUCGACAGACUGUUGCUGUUCACAGUUAAGAGCCGAUCUAAACCAACUAUGGAUGUCUUGACCACGAGAGUAGAAGACGUGAUUGCCUGGCAGGAAACAUACCUCACCUCCGGUAACCUAAAACACUCGCCGGAGGCACGCAAAGAAUUCGAUACAAAGCUAGGUGGCCUCGUUGCUCCCCUUGCCCGCCAUGUCAAACGCAGCGAGCUCGUUGUGCUGUGUCCAUCAUCCCAUCUCCAUCGGCUCCCACUUCAUGCGCUGGCUAUCGGGAAGUAUUCGGCGCUGAUCCACCGGAAUCCCGUUGUUUAUACACACAGCCAGUCGCUGCUACGCUCGUGCUUCGCGGCCACGGGGCUGGCGCGCCCCUCUCCGGCGCCCAUCAAUGCCCAGUUCAUAUCAGGCAUUGCAAAAUCUGAAUCCGAACGCUACCAGGCAGGACGUGACAGCAUCAUGAAGCUGGCCCAUCGCUUCAGCAGUAGCCCAAGAAUCGACAAGAGGGCUUCAAAGAAGGGCUUUCUGAGACGCGUUGGUAAAUCACGUCUGCUUCAUCUGCACACUCAUUGCAAUUGGAACUCGAUGAAUCCUCUGGAUCACGAGGUCGAGUUCCCCAUGGUGAAUUCGCUGCCCGAGCGGCAGCGCCCAGUUGAGAGCAUGACGGCCCGGGAAUUCUUCGACAUCCAGGUCUUGCCGGGCACACACGUCAACCUGAUAGUGUGCGGAGGGGGCGUUAUGGAUGUACGACUCGGAGAUGAAGUCAUGGGGCUCGUCCCUGCACUGAUGUGUUCGGGAGCCAGCUCGACUAUUUCAACGCUGUGGAGUAUCAGCGAUACGCAUGGGGCGAGGUUUGAGAGGGAGUUCUUCGACUCAUUCCUUAAACAGAGCGUUUCUAGAAAGCUUCAACACUUGCCUGGAACGGACAAUGACACAUCAGAAGCUAGCAGUAGCCGCUUGGGUUGUUUGGUAGAUCUUGCCAAAGCGAUGCAGCUAGCCUCUAAGGAUGUGGAUGAGUACGGGGAUCCGAGGUCUCUCUACGAGUGGGCGGGCUAUGUGCUCCACGGUUGCUGGCAAUUCCCACUCUCAGAGGGAGAUAUCAACGCACUACAACCUACGUUGAAGAGGAAGGGCACCCCUAAUUUCUCCAACUAUGGCGCAACAUUUCGAUUCAUUUCAGUCGAUGCUGCGAAUUCGACGUUCAUCGCCACAUUCCCUAUAUCUGCUCUGGCUCGCAUGCUAGGUCUCGUGUCCGAACCGCUUAAAGACCCCUUCCCUAACACACUGCCGAUACUUACUACUGCUCAGCAGAAAGCUGCCAGGGCUAUCAAGGUCAUCAAUUACAACCACUCUGGAUCAUUGAACGAGCCGAGGGCAUAG